ACAAUGGCAGCAAGGAAUUUCAUCCAUAACGCUUAAAAACAUUCAAAAAGCAGAGUGGAAUAUGGUUGACCAAACCCCGCUAUUAUAUAUAUAUAUAUAUAUAUAGGAAAGAAAACAGUGAAAGCUUGGGGAUUUUAGAAAUUUUGUUGAGAGAGAGAGAGAGAGAGAGAGGGAAUAAAUUUUGUAAGAACAAAGAGAACCAUUAACAAUGGCAGUAGCUGGUUUUUAUCGCAGAGUGCUUCCUUCUCCUCCGGCGAUUGAGUUCGCUUCCCCUGAAGGCAAGUGUCUCUUCACUGAAGCUCUUGCAGAUGGAACCAUGGAAGGGUUUUUCAAGCUCAUCUCUUACUACCAGACACAAUCGGAGCCUGCCUAUUGUGGGCUUGCCACACUUGCUGUGGUUCUCAAUGCUCUUGCUAUUGAUCCCGGAAGGAAAUGGAAAGGACCUUGGAGAUGGUUUGAUGAUUCAAUGCUUGAUUGCUGUGAGCCUUUGGCAAAGAUCAAAGCUGAAGGGAUUACAUUUGGCAAAGUGGCCUGUUUGGCGCAUUGCAAUGGAGCUAAAGUCGAUGCUUUCAGGACCAGCGAAAGCACAGUUGAUCAUUUCCGCAAAGUUGUAAUUUCGUGUACUUCUACUGAGGAUUGUCAUGCAAUCACAUCGUACCAUAGAGGUGUUUUUAAGCAGACUGGAACUGGACAUUUUUCGCCAAUUGGGGGCUAUCAUGCUGGAAGAGAUAUGGUUCUCAUUUUGGAUGUUGCCCGAUUUAAAUAUCCUCCUCAUUGGGUUCCUCUUACACUUCUUUGGGAUGCCAUGGACAUCAUUGAUGAAGCAACAGGGCACCGUAGAGGGUACAUGAUUAUAUCAAAGCUUCAUCGAGCUCCAUCUAUUCUCUAUACAGUGAAUUGUAGACAUAAAGGUUGGAACAGUGUUGCAAAGUACUUAGUAGAAGACGUCCCUCUCAAUUUGGAGCUAGAGGAUGUAAAAGAUGUUCGAGAAGUACUUUCUUUAGUUUUUAGAUCACCACCUGCUGAUUUGAGAGAAUUCAUCAAAUGGGUUGCAGAAGUUCGGAGACAAGAGGAUGGCAGUUUAAUUUUGAGUGAAGAGGAGAAAGGAAGGCUAGCUUUAAAGGAAGAGGUAUUGAAACUAGUUAGAGACACUCAACUCUUCAAAUUUGUAUCCGAAUGGUUGACUUCCGGAAGCUAUCUUUGUGAAGACAUUAAAUCGCUUAAUGAUGAUAACACAUUACCUGAAAUUGCUGCAAAUGUUUGUUGUCAAGGAGCUCAAGUUUUGGCCGGAAACCAUGGUGCAGUGAAUAAUGCAUGCUGUAGACUAACUAAUGUAAAAGUCUUAAAGGGCAACGAUGAAAAGCCUGUUACAGUUGUAUCUGGGACUGUAACGACAAAUGGCAGUGAACAAGGGGUCGACAUACUGGUACCAUCAUGUGGAACAAUACCUAGCAGUUUGUGUGCCUUUGAGCAAGGUAGUUGCAUAGGUAUGCAUCCAUCCACAGGUGAUGUUCUGACAGUACUUGUAUUGGCCCUGCCUCAACACACAUGGUCUGGCAUUAAAGAAGAGAAGCUUCAAGCAGAAAUUCUAAACCUUGUAUCAGCUGAAAGUCUACCCAGCUUGCUUAAAGAGGAGGUUCUUUACUUGCGUCAGCAGAUCCAUUUCCUCAUGACAGAUCUUGGAGAUCAUGCAUGCCCAUCUAGAUGAUAUUUUCAAGCGGCAUAUGAAAAUCAAAUGUGAAGUAGAUAGUACGUACAAGGUGAUUUUUUGCAGAACAAUCAUUCUGUAUACAUGGAGGACAAUAAGUUGGUGACUCAAAUAUAACACGAAAUGGCGACUAUCAUAACAAAAAAUUAUCAUUUCUUAUACCUGUUAGAAUUCAUGAUUAAAAAAUAGUUGUAGAUAAUGCAAAAAGCUAGAAUUUCAGUGCAUCAGAUAUAAUGGGAAAAAAUCAAAUGACGUUGUACUCUUUUAACAGCAAAAAAUUGUGUGGAACCGGGACCUGAUGGUCCCAGAUACAAAUAUCUGUGGGUUCCAAGUGUUGGAUCUACAUUAUGUAAUUUUUUUUUUUUAAUUUUUAAUUUUAAUUUUUUUUUGUUGGUGAA